AUGGUCGAUGUUGGUCAUGUUACUAUGCACAAUGGUGUCAAGUUGCCUUUGCUGGGUUACGGAACGUGGUUGGUAUGUUUUAAAGGUUUAAACCUAAAAAGUUAUGGCACAAAAUGCAUCCUAAAAGACAUGGUGUUAGGUUUUACUGUGUUCAAUAGCUAAAAUUAAAGUUUUAAACUUGAAGUUAAAAUAAAUUUUUAACUUAAAAAUUUUAAAAACUUUAAAUUUUAAGGCCAGUGACCAUGAACAGCUAAAAACUGCCUUAAGACACGCGUUGGACGCUGGUUACCGUUAUAUUGAUACCGCUUUCGUCUAUGGCAACGAAGCUCCAAUUGGUGAUGUGAUCAAAGAGUAUAUUGAUGCUGGCAAACUGAAGAGGUCAGACUUGUUUAUCACUACUAAACUCCCAGCACAAGCUUUGAAUCCUGAAAACGCUGAAGUUGCAUUGAAGAGAUCCUUGGAAAGUCUGAAGACUGAUUACGUUGAUUUGUAUCUUAUUCACACUCCUACGGCUUUUAAGGUGGGUAAUUUUACUUUGCCCUACUUUACCCUACCCUAUCCUACCCUACCUUAACCUACUCUACCCUGCCGUAAUUUACCCUAUCCUACCUUAACCUACUUUACCUUAGUUUACUUUACCGUGUUUUACCUUACCAUACUAAAAAUGAUGUUUCAGCCUGAGAACAACUUAAAUGGCAUGCUAAAGGAUUCAGAAGGCAAAUUUGUAGUAGAAGAUGUUGACCUGAACCAAACUUGGAAAGUUCUCGAGAAGUACUAUAAGCAAGGCACUUUAAAAUCCAUUGGAAUCUCCAACUUCAACCACAAACAGAUUCAAGAACUGUACGAUAACGCCGAGAUUAAACCAAUGAAUCUCCAAAUCGAACUUCAUAUCCUACUACCCCAAAUCAAACUGGUCGAUUUCUGCAAAGAAAAGAACAUUACAGUAACUUCCUAUUCAACCUUGGGUAGUCCAGGUCGUGGAGCAGCUGGAAUUAGCAAGGUAUGGGUCGAGGGUGACUGUCUCAACCAUCCCUUGACUCAAGAAUUGUCCAAGAAGUACAACAAGACUCCAGGUCAGAUUCUGUUGAAGACCGUGGUGCAACGUGGCAUUUCUGUGAUUCCGAAGAGUGUGAAUGAGGAAAGAAUCAAGCAGAACAUUGACAUAUUCGACUUUGAAAUCUCGGAGGAAGAUCAGAAGAGACUACUUGGUUUGGGAGAGAAGACCAGACUUUUGGUGUUCGACUUGUAAGUUGAGGGUUGUUUUGUCAUUUUUGAAACAGUUUUUAACAACUUAGUUUAAAAAAUUUGAAGUUUUAAGUACGGUAAGAUAUGGUCGAAUAAAAAACGCUAAAGGUUAAGGCAGCAUAAGGUAGGAUAUUGAAACGUAAAGAAUAGUGUGCGCUAGGGCAAGAUAGAGUUUCAGAACAUGAAUCUCUUUAUUAUAAUAUUGUAAUAAUACCGGUUACCAGGGCCGGGCGGGGACUUUUGGUCUGGGGGCAGGGGUCCAAAAAAUCGGCACAGGUAAGUUACCUGUGCCGAUUUUUUGCAAAAUUUUUUUUCCGAAAAUCCACAGGGGGACCACGUUCAACUUUUUUCAAAAAAAAUUUUUUUAGGGGGUGGUACCCCCCCCCCUCGUCCCCCCCCCCUCCUCGCGUUCGGCCCUGCCGGUUACUAUUGUAAAUUCUUUUAACGCCAAUAAAUUUUUACAAUAACUAUGGCGAAAGCAAGAUAACGAUUGUAGGAAAGGGAGGAUUGUGCCACGCAGAAUCGAGCUUGGGCACGAUAUAAAGAUGAGAGUUUACAUUAUGAAUAACCUGAGCACAGCAUGUACUUAA